UCAAAUCAUAAUUGUUAAAGGUGCGAGCACCUUUGAGACACACGUACACAUUUGGUUGAGAGAUGGCUCCUGCAGCUUCUAGCAGGCACCGCUCGCGUCCUUUCCCUUCCUUGCUGAUCUUGACCCUUGCACUGACCCUGUUCGCUACAGUAACCACCAAAGCUCAGCUGUCAGAGAACUACUACGACGCCUCCUGCCCCGCCGCCCUUCUCACCAUCAGGACUGCCGUGGCGGCGGCGGUGCUGCUCGAUCGCCGGAUGGGGGCCUCCCUCCUUCGGCUCCACUUCCACGACUGCUUUGUGCAGGGCUGCGACGCGUCGGUGCUGCUCGAUGACACGGGGAGCUUCACCGGAGAGAAAGGGGCGGGGCCGAAUGCGGGGUCGCUGCGCGGCUUCGAGGUCAUCGACAACAUCAAGAUGCUGCUGGAGUUGUUGUGCCCGCAGACCGUCUCCUGCGCCGACAUCCUCGCCGUCGCCGCACGUGACUCCGUCGGACAACUCGGAGGCCCAUACUGGACGGUUCUUCUGGGGAGGAGGGACAGCACCACGGCGAGCGCGUCCCUGGCCAACAGUGACCUCCCUGGCCCUAAAUCCAACCUUAACAACCUCCUCAACACGUUCGCCAACAAGGGGCUAAGCAGCACCGACAUGGUUGCCCUCUCAGGAGCCCACACCGUCGGCCGGGCGCAGUGCAAGAACUGCCGGGCCCGGAUCUACAACGACACCGACAUCGACGCCUCGUUCGCGGCUUCUUUGCGGACCGGCUGUCCCCAGCAGGCUGGAGCCAACGAUGGUGCCCUCGAGCCGCUCGACGCGUCCUCUCCUGAUGCCUUCGACAACGGCUACUUCGGGAACCUGCUCUCCCAGCGUGGGCUGCUCCACUCCGACCAGGCGCUCUUCGACGUUGGCACGACGGACGAUUUGGUCAGGACCUACGCGUCCAACAGUGACCAGUGGGGGAGCGACUUCGUGGCGGCGAUGGUGAAGAUGGGCAACAUUAGCCCGCUCACGGGGACGGACAACGGCGAGAUCAGGAUGAACUGCCGAAGAGUGAACUAAUUUGCUGACCAUCAGCUUGCUUCAUUGUGGAUGGAAUAUUGAAUGUACAUCUCCCAAACGGCCAGAGAAGGACCGAAAUGGUGUCAUAUAUAUACUAGUGAUUAUUUGUUUACAAUAUAUAUUAUACUGCUGUUUAUUUGUUUACAAAUGUUUGUGCAUAGAUUACGAAGUCAAAAUCAGUCUUGUUCAACAAACCUGCAUUGUCUGCAGGAUCAACUUAAAUCUUGCAAUCUAUCCUUAAAUCACCUAUGUAAUUGUCUCUGCCUUUUAGGAUUUACCAAUGUUAAAUUUAUUUUUCCAGAAGUCAGAAUAUAGAUAUU